AUGGAAGUAAAUCAUGUUUGUGAAUUCUGCAAUAAAUCAUUUUCUAAUAAAUAUUGCUUGAAAACUCACCUGAAAAUACAUGACGAAAGAGAAAGAAAUUUUCAGUGUGAAUGCGGAAAACAAUUUUUAAAAGAGAUCCACUUGCGAAAUCAUAAAUUAACUAUUCACAGUGGAAAUAAUAAAAACUUCAUUUGUGACAUUUGUUCCAAAGCUUUUAAAUCAUCGAACAACUUAAGAACUCAUGAAGCUGUUCAUUCUGAGCGUGCCUAUUUAUGUCGGUAUUGCGAAAAGACUUUUUUGAGACUUCAAGAUGUUAGAAUCCAUGAGAAAACACAUAAGAAACUCAGAGAAUUUCAUUGCAUGGAAAAAUCUUGCAACAAAACCUUUAAUCAACAGUCAAAUCUUCUAAGUCAUAUAAAAACAGUAAGUCCACAAACAACUAAAAAAUCACAUUUGCAAUUUAUGCAAGAAAUCUUACAAGCGUCGAAGACUCUUAAACUUUCACAUGGUAAAAGCUCAUGGAGUUGA